AUUUUUUUUAUCGCUUCAAAUAAUGUGUAUUUAUACGGAAGUAUACCAACAUUUUACUCACAGUUUUUACAAAGAGUGAUCAUAGUAUUAUUUCUAAGAUAUUUUUUUUUAUAAAGUUAUUAAUUUAUAUUUAACAUCAUGAACAUAAAGAUGAAAUUUGUGAUUUUUUUGGUGACAAUUAUUACGUUACAACAAUGUUUUGGUGCCCACUGUCAUCACGAAGGUAAAGAAAAUCAUCAAGAGGGUGAUGGUGCAGAUCAUACUGGCCACAACCACGAAGGUCACACGAGCCACGAAGGAGGUGACCAUACAGGCCAUAACCACGAAGGAAUUGAUCACUCAGGACACGACCAUACAACAGGUGAUCACACUGGCCAUAACCAUGAAGGACACCAACACCCUAAAUAAUUAUUUAGCUAAGCACACAAAUGUAUACGAUAUGAAAAUCAAAUACUAAAUUAAUAUUUCAUUAUAUAAUUAUCACAUUUUUCGAUAUAUAUUUUUAUUAUACUAUAUUAUUUUCAUAUAAUAACUAAUAUUGUACAACAUUAUGAAAUAAAUUUAAGAGUACUCAA